UAAUGAUGCGAAUUGUUCGUUCUCUCUCUUAUAUAGCUUUGCAGGCUCUAGCACCUUAAAUUCUCUCUCUCCUUCUCUUCUCACGUUGCACCACCAUUACCGCCCUUCAAGCUCGAUUUGCAGGUGAAGAAGACGUUCGGAUAUGUUUAUAUAAAUAGAACAACAACGCUACUUCUGCCAUAACCAUACAUAAACAAUGUCUUCUUCAGCAGUAAACCUCCAAAAGUAUCAAAUUCGAUUAGCAGAUAUUCAUCGGGCCACAAAUUAUUUCGAUAAAGAAUAUCAGAUUGGAGACGGUGGUUAUGGUAUCGUCUACCUAGGACAACUCUCAAUAGGGUCGGAGGAACGCAGUGUAGCCAUCAAACGCCUUAGUAAGUGUGGUCAUCAAGGAAGCGACGAGUUCCAUAAAGAACUUGAGAUGGUUCCCACUUUUGACCAUCAAAAUAUAAUCUCUUUCAUUGGUUAUUGCGAAGAGGCCAAUGAGAUGAUUAUAAUUUAUGAGUAUGCUGCAAAUGGAAGCCUCGAUAGUCACAUCCAAGACCCAGUUAAAAGGCACCGCAUAACAUGGGCUCAACGCUUGAAGAUUUGCUUAGGGGCAGCAAAAGGCCUUGGCUACCUUCACUCCGCUAUUGGGGAGAACACAAGAGUAAUUCACAGAGACAUGAAGAGUGCAAAUAUACUAUUAGAUGAGAAUUUGGAAGCCAAAAUAUGUGAUUUUGGUUUGUCAAGAUAUGGUCCACGAAAUCAGCAACAAACCAAACUCGUUACAAAGGCUGCGGGCACAAACUUUUACAUUGACCCAGUUUACGUUCAAAGAGGCAGGGUCUCGAAAGAGUCUGACGUAUACUCGUUUGGAGUGGUACUAUUUGAAAUGUCGAGUGGGAUGCUGUGUUAUAAUCCAAUGCACUUUAAAGAUGCAAAGGAGCAAUAUCUCCUGGACCUAGUCCGAUGCUACUAUGACGAGCAUGAAGAGGAUGGGCUAAACAAGUUAAUUGAUCCAAUAGUAAAAGGGCAUAUUGACAUGGAGUCUUUUCAAAUUUUUAACGAAAUUGCACAUGAGUGCAUUAACCUCGACGUUACAAAGCGCCCCUCGACGGAAAGGAUUAUCGACAGGAUUCAGGAAGCAUUGACUAUUCACAUUCAGAGUUCCCAAUGUCAAACGCCAAUAUCUUCUUUAGAGGUACACCUGAAAAAUUAUUUAAUUCCACUCGAGGAGAUCAACCACGCCACCGACAACUUCAGUGAAAACAAGCGUAUCAGGCACGGUGGAUAUGGUGAUAUCUACAGAGGACAACUCUCUAAAUGCUGGCAAUACCGCACAGCAGCCAUCAAACGUCUUCAUCAUGAUGGUUACCUUGGAGAGGGUGAGUUCCACAACGAGCUUGAGGUGCUUUCCAAAUUCCACCAUAAAAAUAUCAUCUCUCUAAUUGGUUACUGUGACCAAGAUGAUGAGAAGAUUUUAAUAUAUGAGUAUGCUAUGUAUGGAAGCCUUGAUCAUCAUCUCGAAGACCCAAAUAAGAUGCGCUGCAUCACAUGGACACAACGCCUACAGAUUUGCAUAGGUGCAGCAAGAGGACUCAAUUACCUUCACACGGGUCUUCGAGACUACAAUGGAGUAAUACAUAGAGAUGUGAAGAGUGCCAACGUAUUGCUAGAUGGCAAUUUGGUCGCAAAAAUUACUGAUUUUGGUUUGCUAAGAUCAAGUCCCAAAAAUAGGCUAUAUACCGAAGCCAAGGUUACUGGUACCCAAAUUUACUUGGAUCCCACCUACAAUGCAAGUGGCAUCCUUCGAAAAGAAUCUAACGUGUACUCAUUUGGCAUGGUAAUGUUUGAAGUUCUUAGUAAAAGGAGCGUUAGUGAUGAUGAGCUAAUUGAUCCUCAUAUAAGGAAUCAAAUUGACAAUCGUUCUUUUGAUACCUUCAACGAAAUAGCAUAUCAAUGCACUCAUCUCAAUUUUAUGGAACGCCCUACAAUGGACAAGGUUGUUGACAGGAUUGUGGAAGCACUAGAUAUUCAAAUGGAGGAGAAUGUUGCUGUACUUUGUGAGUGUGUUCGGGUAGAAGUUGGAUUCAAUUAUGGCAAACCUGUUGCAGCGUACACCAUAUACAAAUGCCUUCUCCAUUGGAAGACUCUUGAAGAUGAAAGAACACCCGUAUUUGAUAAACUUAUUUACAUUAUUCUUUCAGCAUAUGAGGAUGGAGAAAAUAACAAUCAAAUGGCGUAUUGGAUAUCAAUUGCAUCUACUUUGCUAUUCUUAAUAGAAGAAAGUCAAAAGAAGCUACCACCUCGAUGUUUGGCUAUGGGAUCUGGUCCGUCUGUAUUUUCUGGUGACCUUACUGAGGAUGAGGAUACAACUGAGAUAGUACAACAAGUUGAAGCCAAAUACCCUGCUUUGCUUUUCAAGAAGCGACUAAUAGCAUAUGUAGAGAAAAUGUAUGAUAAUAUUCUUGGAAACGUGAAGAAAGAGUUGGGAUCAUUACUUGCUUUAUGUAUUCAGGCUCCCCCAAGGUCAGAGAAAGUGCUAAUAUUUGGAGUGUCCUUUGGGAAAGAUUCUCACUUCAAAUCCGUAAAUAGUCUUCACAGCAGAUUGAAAAAGAAAUUUGGCAAAGAUUCUCACUUCAAUCAUUGGCAAGGCAUUGUUGAUUGCCUCAACACUCUUCUCAACACAUUGAAAGAAAAUUUUGUGCCUCCUAAAAUUGUUCAGAAGAUAUUUGCUCAAACUUUCUCAUAUAUCAAUCGGAAGAUAUUUAAUAGUCUUCUUCAGAGCCGGGAGUGUUGUUCCUUCAUUAAUGGGCAAUAUGUGAAAGCCGGUUUAGUAGAGUUAGAGCUAUGGUGUUGUCGGUCAAAGGAAGAGUAUGCAGCCUCAUUUUUGGAUGAACUAAAGCCUGUUACAGAGGCUAUUGGGUUCUUGACAUUAAAUGAAAAAGACCAGAUAACGUAUGAAGAAAUCACCGAUGAUCUAUGCCCAAUUUUAAGUCUCCAACAAUUGCAUAGAAUAUGCACUCUUUUUCAGGAUGACAAUGGCAACACUCCAUGUGUUUCCCCGGAAGUUAUUUCAAUCUUGAGGAUGUUGAUGAUAGAAGAAUCUAGUAAUGCUAGCAGCAAUUCCUAUUUAAUAGAAGAUAGGUUCAGAAUGCCUUUCUCUGUUGAUGACCUAACUACUGCCUUGCAAGUAAAAGAUUAUGCAAACGUUAAGCCUAGUGAUAAACUUUCCAAUUAUCCAGCUUUCCAGUUUUUGUACAACUAAUUAAAUAUCGGUCCUUAACAUAUCAUUUCUUGCUAAUAUACAACAUACACUUUUGGUGUUAAUUUGGACACAAACAUAAGUGUAACUGUCAAAACUUAUGCUUCAUUUUUAGUGAUUGCAAUGAAAGUUAUGAUAAACUACA